CCCUACCUUUGCUCCUGUUUAUCAAAGACCUGUGAUCGAUCAGUGAAGAACGAUUUACUUCAUUCUGUUGGCUGGUUGGAAGCACCCAGGAUCCCAAAAGGUGUCGGUACGGUGUGCUCUUGCGAUACGGAUUUGGUUGUGCUAGUUGGUAAAUCGUAUUUUCCCUGAUCGAAACCAAAAAAGUUACUUUGAAUUGGAUAAGGGCAAGCUGCUCAAAACUUUUCCGAGGAAAAUCCUUUUCAGCAAAAAGUUGUGAAAGGUCUUCAUUGCGAUUGCGCCGAAAAAGUAAAAGUGUCUAGCGUGAGAGAAGCCAAGAGUUGCGAGCACAGAAAGCAACCGCACACCAGUAGGCUGGGGGAAUUGGAUAUUCGAAACGGAUUUAAUCGAUCGUCUUUCGGAGCGAAAGAAAGGGAUGGCAGAUACGUUGGAUGAAGUGUGAUACGUAGGAGUUCGCGAAGACAAGAAAAAAGGCCAUCCUGACUAAACGUCGACAUGGAGGGUGUUUUUAGUGCUGCAAAGUUGUGAUUAGAGUCUGAACAUAGCGAAAAGCAGAAGCAGCAGUAACCGCCAGAAAAUCAACUGUGCCAAGGUGUGAUGGGCCGAUAAAUGCCGUAUUUACUGAACUUUAUUGAUGCAGCAAGGGGGCUCAGGCAAAUGCCCCCGAAAUUGUUCAUUUGAGGCAUGUCGUAAUGGCAAGAGAGGAGUCUCGUGGCAAGAGGCCUUUAAAAAUCUGGGACAGUUGGCGCAAUGUCCGUAAAGGUCUCGUCGUAGGUAGUUUUGAGGAACUAAUUGUUAGAGGGAAGGACAAACUAGGAGUACCAGCAUCAGAGCCUGUUCGGUUAGUUCUAGAAUGUGAUGGUACUCAAGUAGAGGAUGGAGAGUAUUUCCGGACACUAGCCAACAACACUGUGCUGUUAUUGCUGCGACAAGGAGAACGGUGGUACCCAACAGGUGUCGAUGUGAUAAAAGCUGCGAUAUCUGCCAUACCUAAAAUCGUUUGUGAAACUAUACAUGCCUUGGAGUUGCAGGAUGAAACACCCUCUUGGAAGAUUAUGGAUAACAAGGGACGUGUUACCGUUGUACUACACUGGGAUCAACGUCAGGGAGGACAAGGAGGAGGACAAGGCAAUAGCAGCAGUGUCAUUGGAAGCGGAGGUGGAGUGUUAAGUAAUGGUCCUAGUUCAGAGAAAUUUUCGCCAUCGAAGAAAAGCUUAUCGACCCAAAAUUCGCUGGACAAAAUUUCAAUAUCGAGCCAGCAGCGCUAUCCGAGCCCACAAAUCACGGUAAUUAAUCACGAUGAUCCUCAGUCCGCGAUAUACCACUCAGCUAGACGAUUAUCAAAGCAGGGCGGUUCCUUCGAUAGCGCUGUGGGAGCCGUGCAUAUUCAUACUCCUGAAUGUGCACAUCAUGCUCACACACCAACUCGGGCUGGUAGUCCCGGAGCGACCGAAUGCGAUUUCCACUGCUGUGCACUUCACGAGGAAGGUCGCAAAAUUGCGGUGCACAAAAACGUGGCCACAUCUCCGAUACAGGAUGGUUCCACUAGUCCACAACCACCACCCAGCAGUCUGUCGGAUAGCAGACGAACGUCCAAUACUAAAGGACACGUGCGGUUCCUCGACAUUGGGCCAGAACGGGACAGCUCCGAAAGUGAAACAGAAAAUACCGUUAUGGAAGAUGAAACUGUCACGUCGGAAAAGUUUCUUCUACUCAUCGACCAGCUUUCGGUGGACCAGAAGCGCCAUCUUAGCAUAAAGGACAUCGGCAUUAUUCUCGAGCGACUGAGUUCCAAAAUCCUAGAUGUAGAACGGUUGGACCGAGAAAGUGAGUCUGACGAUUGCUACAACUGGACGAUUAAGGCAACGAUACGCGGUGAUGCAUUACGUGAGUUAGGUGUUAUAUACAACGGUAAUUACUACGCAAUAUCGGAACAUCCUGGUUAUAAAGAGGAAAAUGAGGAGAACGGGGAAGACGUUGAAGAAGAAGAUGAAGAUCGAUUAUAAAAAAGCGGUUUUCCUGUGACGGUUAGAUAUGAAAAACAAACACAAAUUGGAAUACAAUAAAACAAAUUUGUUGGGCAAACGAUAAACAUGAGGUAAUGCAAAAUACCCGUUAACGUGUUGACAAGGUCACAUGUGCGAGCACGGGUAUAAAUCCGAAGAAUAGUUUGGGCGUAUGUUGCCACAGUCUGUGCCAUUUCGAGUCACACAUAUGUGAGAUGGGCCGGAGCAUCGAAAAAACUCCCGAAAAACACAAACGCUGCCAUUAACAACACAAACAAAAUAUGAAAAUAACUUACUAAUGAACUACAAAAUAUCUAAAAUUCAAAAAAAAAAAAGGAAACGCACAUCAUUGUAACCGUUACAUAAAAUGAAGCAAUUAAUAGAAAUCAUUCUAAUGGAACAGGCUAAGAAACAUACCUGUUCCGAUCAAGUGCAUCGCACAUCGUGACAAGCGAGUUCUCGUCAGGCCAAAAGUCACGACAAAUUCGACAGUAUUUCAAAGAACAAACCGGAAGGCAUCAGCCGUGUCUAAUUUCAUGAUAGAGUUAGUAGGUAAAACAAAAUGUGGGGAUACGAUUGUCACACAUCUCAAUAAUGGGACAAUUCUUGUAAUCAAUAAUAAUAAUAAUAGUAAAGUAGUAAUACUGUAAUUACUAAAAUAAUAUAAACUGAAAAAAAGCCGAAGAAGUAAGCAUACAAACCGGAUAAACACGUGAACUGCAGUCGUAUCGCCAACCUAGGAUUUAAAUCAAAACCAAAUAAUAAUAUAUAUUAUAUUAUUAAUAAAUUAUGUAUUUAAAUACAUCAUUUCUGUAGAAAUGAUCAACUUUUUACUAAAAAACAAAACUGAAAUUCAAACGAGGAAACAUAGUUAUGUAUCAAAUGAUAACCCGAUAAGUAAAUGUAUUUGUACACUUGCACAUGUAGCUGUGUAUACAUAUGGAUCCUUGCAUGUACGUGUGUGUAUUUGUAUGUGUAGGUGUGUACGUGAGUGAGUGUGGCACACAUUGUGUUUUAACUAAAGGGGCAAACACAAACGCAAAGAGGAAAUCAGAAAAAAAACUCUCGUUUGCUUCUUAGUCGACUUUCAAUUCAAAUUAACUCCCUCAACUAAUAACUAAAAAGUGAUUAUAGCUCGCACCGUAUAUAAACUAAAAAAAGUAAUCUGUUGAUCACUAAUGGUGACGUUUGAACGCAAUCAAGAUACAAACACUAAAAUAUAAUUUACUCUGCCGAACAAACAAAAACUAAGACCAUGAACAAAAGAUCAACGCUAUUCGGCAUGAGUCAUGACUGUUAGUAAUCGUAGAUAUUGGCCUCUUAGCGUAUAUUUUAGCACACGUUUCUACAUACAAGCGCACGACUGCCUACACAUACCUACGAUAGCAGUUACAAUGGCAGACUUUCCACACUCCCAUGUUUACGACACAUACACACAAAUGCGCACACACGCGCUCGCAGCCUAUACGUAUGAAGUAGAUACACAAUGUGCUGUACCUAACACAAAAUCGGAAAUAAAAAUCCAAGAAUUUCAUACAGAUUAGCUCAUAAACGGAACGGCGGUAUACCAGCUGCAGCUAAGUGGAAUCAUCGUUUUAGGUUCUUGAAAGAGGAUAUUCCCCAAUCCUACGUGUUUAGGAUGAAUGUUGACCCAAGGUUUACCAGUUACCUCCAUCUAAACCAAUUGAUGAUAAUCGUAAACCUAUCUUUUCUAAAAUAUACUAAAACGUUUUGAAUAGCUACGCAGAAAAAUCGAUUGGUUAGACUCAGCUCUUAAAUUAAAAACAGUCUGUGUUCAUUUGAUUCAGAAUUCAGAAUUAAAAUAAAAUACAAAAUAAUGCCAAAGUAGUAAAUGAGUUCUGAACCGUACCAAACGCACGCCGGGAAAAUGUGCCAAAAUAAGAACGAAAACCAAACGUCUUUGGGUACUUCCACUAUAUUAGUAAGACAACGAGUCAGGUUGAUUACGUUGAAUUAAACGAGAUAUCUGAAAUCGUAGAUUCAAGCACAGUGGCUGUUUAGUGUUCAGGGAGACCAAAAUCCACCAUGGUAAUCCAAUUCAAUACGGUAGUCGUACAUAGCAGUUUGCAGCACAAAUCAAUAUACUUACAAAGAACUGACGAUUUUGCGUCACGUAAAUUUGCAGCCGAUCAUACUCAUUUCAUCUAGCAUGUACGUAACAAACUGCGAUUGUUAGAAAUCAACAUAAACAUACUAUCUGGCGACCGUGCUGUAUUCCGAUUUUCGUUUAUCGUUUCAGUUCCAUUUCGUGAACCAUUCAGAGCAAUUAAUUAACAGAUGGAUGUACUAUAGCGGAACUGUUGACUUAGACCUGCGCUGGUAAUUCAUUUGUAGGAAAAUAAACGAAAAAAGAACAAAAUACUCGACAAACGAGAAAGUAGGUAAACUCGAACAGAAUAUUAUAAUCAAAAAAAAUAUAAUAAAAACCAUGAAUGGAUGCGUUACUUUGUUAAUCCACGUACAUAGGACAAGGCAAAGAAAGUUUUAAAAACCAAUAAGCGAAAUAAAGGAGAUCAUGUACUAAAACAGUAAGAGAAUUGAAUUAUUUUAUACAGUAAAAACCAAUAAAACUCUAACUAAAUAGCACAAACAGGAAACCCUUUCCUUUGUAAUAACUCAUGAGUGAAGUUGUGCACUGAUUAGUUGUCCGAUGUAAUGUUGUAGAAUUGACUGUGAAUUUUUGAUUGUUUUAGUUUGCACGUCCUAUAACUAGUACAGCAUUUGUUGUUUCAUUUUUACUGAAUACCGAAAUAUCAAGCAAGAUAGCUGUUAGAUAAAAUAUAUUGCAAAAAACCUAUAUAUUUUGUAAACACAUUUCUAUGAAAAAAAUUAGUUAAUUAUUUGUAUGUAAAGUUACUACUUCAUCUAUUUUUUUGUAAUCGAAGAAUAGUAACGCAGACUAAAGUUAAUUGUAAGCAUCAUUGAAACACGCUAGUUUUUAACUGUUUCUCAGAGGUAAACAAAGCUUAGGAAAAUCACACAUACCAAUACAGUAACAGUACCAUUAAAAAUAAAAUGUAUGACUCAAUCAAUCGUCAACCUCGUCGACACAAAAGCAUAUUCCAACCAGCUUCCUACAACUGGUGGCCAAAGGUGGCACUUACUUAAUUCGAUCGUCAAAUCCGGUCUGCACUGAUUUUGAGUUACCUAUAACAGCAACUUUCCCGAUUCUGUCUGCACGGCAGCACAGAAAACAAUAAUCCACCAUCGGAUCGGUUGCGUAUUCAACAUUGUACCAAACUAGCCUCAGUUGCCUUUGUUUCAGUUCCACAGAACUAUCGCAACCGAACAGGCGAGUCCACGCCAGUGGUCAACCAACGACCGUAAUCAACUUUUCGAAUUCUUCCCCCAGCCAUAAGUAUGAGGGUAAUUGGAACUCAGUCGCGCACAUACAAUCUCUCCCGAGCUGAGUCACUUGAUUGUUAUGAAAAUUGAGAUGGUGGUCCGAUCGGAAAAAAGUUAUCAUAGUCGAAAAACUAAUGAAUAUAAGUUUAAAUAAAUAUCUGACACUGCCCUGAGUCCUGAAUGAAAUUUAGUGAAAAACAAGUACUAAACAAACGAAGUGUGCGCAUGUUUUAUGAGCAUUGAAGAACAAAAACAUCAAAUCAUAAGCAUAAAACAAGGAGAAUCAUAGCGAAGGGCCGACAAUCCUUCAAAUUAAUUGAAAUAUUAAAUAAACUUAAAAUAAAUAACGGUAUCGGUAAAAUAUUUUUUUAAAUAAAUAGUCAAGAAAAGAAAAAUUGAAAAAAUACCUAAGUCGAUCAAAAAUGCUGUAUGGUUAUCGAUUGAAAUUAGCCAAACAAAAAAAAAUGAGACACAUUGAUUAAGGUCGAAUUCAUUUAAUAUCUAGAAUUAUUAACCUAAUUAUUCAAGUAAAAAGGAAAAACAUAAAACUAAAUAAACGGGUUUUGAAUAUAAUUCAACAAAAAUAGAACAAAAAGAGCAAAAUCGACGAAUAGAGAAAUGAAGGAAGAAGAAAUAAAUUUGUUCAAACGAUAAGUGGAGAAUGAAAAUAUGCAAAAAAUAUAUGAAAGUAUAUUUAACAAAAACACAACCUAAUGUUUUGUAUAGAUUAUUUCUGUUAUAUUAUGUAUAAAUUAUUUAAAAUAAAUAAACUUAAUCGCU